AUGCAGGGAGGUGAGGCUGAAAGCCGUCCCAACGCAUCAGAACCAACUACCAAGGCUUCAAGCCGUGGUUACGCAAAACGAAACGUCUGCCCUAAUUGUCGCAACAAAAAGCCUCCUGCUGGACCAAAGGAUGGUGACGGAACAGGAGCUGGAGGCUCGAGCUCCGCAUCCGUUGCUCAACCCCAAGGCGUUACUGCUCGUGGCAAUUCAACUGAGAGGAGUGAGAAGUUGAGCUGGGCAGGCACCUAA